UGACAAAUCGGCUGGGGACGGCUGGGGUCCGGCCCCGGGAGGGGGCGGGGCGCACUUAAGAGCCUGGGGCUGGGUGUGGACGGCCGAGGCGGAGCGGGACGGGUCCCAGCUCUCCACCUGGGUCUCCUGUGCAGACGACCGGCAGGAUGGCUGCGAACAAGAGCAAGGGCCAGAGCUCCUUGGCCCUGCACAAGGUGAUCAUGGUCGGCAGUGGAGGGGUCGGCAAGUCGGCCCUGACGCUUCAGUUCAUGUACGACGAGUUUGUGGAAGACUACGAACCCACGAAGGCCGACAGUUACAGGAAGAAAGUGGUUCUGGACGGCGAGGAGGUGCAGAUAGACAUCCUGGACACGGCCGGCCAGGAGGACUACGCGGCCAUUCGAGACAACUACUUCCGGAGCGGGGAAGGCUUCCUGCUGCUGUUCUCCAUCACCGAGCACGAGUCCUUCACGGCCACGGCCGAGUUCAGGGAACAGAUCCUCCGUGUGAAGUCCGAAGAAGAUAAGAUCCCGCUGCUAGUGGUGGGCAACAAGUCCGACCUGGAGGAGCGGAGGCAGGUGCCCGUCGAGGAGGCUCGGAGCAAAGCGGACGAGUGGGGCGUGCAGUACGUGGAGACCUCAGCGAAGACGCGGGCCAACGUGGACAAGGUGUUCUUUGACCUCAUGAGAGAGAUCCGAGCCAAGAAGAUGUCGGAAAACAAGGAGAAGAACGGCAAGAAAAGCAGCAAGAGCAAGAAGAGCUUUAAAGAGAGGUGUUGCUUGCUGUGAGCGCCGAGCGCAGUCACCACGCAGGACCCCGGGCUGGCUCCGCGCACAGGAGACCGGCGUGGCCUUCCUCGUCCUGCUCCCUCCCCGCUGUCCCCAGCCUGCCCUCCCGUGCUGCCCUAACAUGCCGGCCUGGGCGAGGCAGUGGCUGCCGGAAGAAGCGCCCCCUUGCCCCGCAGUGGAGUGGCGUCCUAGCAUCUUUUCCCUAGUUGUUUUUUUUUCUAAUUUUUAUUUUUUACUAUUCCCAUCUUUUGUUUUGAAAUGAAGAUGCCUUAUGAGGGUUUUGGAAGCGGGGGCCGAGGAGAGGCUCCCCCCCCACCCUAAUCAGAAAGCAAUCCACUCGGCUCUGGUGGUGCUGGGAAACCCAGAGGUGUUCCCAGGAAGCUUCCCGGCAUUGUGGGGGAGGGUCUGGAGCACAGCUCGAGAAAAUGAACUUGAAUCAGGCCAGAUAGGCGACCGCCGAGCUCAUAACUCCUCCUCAGUCUCCAGUGUGGACCGGCUAGCGGCAUCGGCUGGUGUUCUCCGACAGCCUCUGGUUUGUGGGCGGGGACCCCUUUUCCGGUGUGCGCAGAGUGGCACGCUUCAUGGAUGAGACGGUUUCCCCCUCGGGCUGAGCCCCCACCUCCUCCCCGCCCCAGGACUCCAUGCCUUCUUCCUGCUCAGCUCUCUGCCUGCACAGGUUCACCGAGCUGCUGCUUCUGUUUCUUUAAGCAGAUCACAGGAGCCUUCCAGGACCCCGUGACCAGAUACAGUUGUAUUCCCAGAUCACGGAGCCAGAGCCCGGGCCACACACUCCGCUACCUCCCAGAAGAAUCAGGAACCCAUGGAGAAAGAUAAGCGAGACCCGCGGCCGCCAACCCCUGAGCACUGGCUGCUGGGGCUAGUCUAAUUCCUGAUCCAGUAGCCUUGCCCGGUGAGGUGGGGGAAGGUUCUCCCUUGUCUUUCUCCUGGUGGCCCUGUCCCAGGCCCCGCAGUCAGGAAAGGUGCACCAUGCGAAACCCGGCCUCUCAGCACAUCGUCCCCCGUUUUUCAGAAGUGCCAUUUUGUGUACAGGUGCCAAAAGUGGAUGGGGGUGGGGAAGCCUGGGGGCCUUUGAACUUGCCCCGGAGACUGCAGACAUCAUGAGCCGACGGCCAAACAAUCUGUAUCACCUCCCAAAGGAUCAUGGGCUUUUUUUUUUUUUUUU